CAACAACCACCUAUGACUGCUCUUUGGAAAUCGUUGAAAGGAAAACUCGUUUGCUAUAAUUAUUGGAGCUCAACAAAUUUUUCGGAAUGGAGUCUAAUAAACUUCUACCGAAGUUUAGUAACCAUUGACCCGACCAAGCCAAGAAGAGAAGCAAUUCAGCUUCUCAAAGUACUUGGUGCCGCCUUUGUUGAUUCAAAGGAGUAUAAAGUAAUAGUUGGACUCCAUGCUGCGCUUCGCAAUCAAAACGAUGCCCUCGAUUAUUUCUGGCACACCUCGUAUCCAGAAUUGCAAAAAAAUGCUAUUGAUCACAUUACUAAUGUCGAUAAGGUGGAGGCUGUUUUGGAAGAAGAGGCUGUGGAGAGAUCACAAAGCAAGAAACGCAUGAAUACCCAACUAGAGACAAAAGGCAACAAAAGGAGACAGAAGGAUAAAGCCACUGAUAAAGCUACUGAUAAAGUCACUGGUGAUGCCACUGAUGUUGAAAGCGAUGGUAUCAUGAUACCAAAUUCCACUGUAAGCUUGGGUACCAUAAUCAAAAGGGAAGCCUUAAAACUACAUCAGUUGUACUUGCAAAACCCUAAGCAGCUUACCGACCGCCAACGAAAAAUCAUGACUGCUGGAUUUUCAUCCAUUCUUGAUCUUUCUGACCAGUCAUAUUCAUCUCAGCGAAAACUUUUUGAUAAUGAUCAGUGGAAAUAUAUUAACGACUACUUUGACAAGAAGCUCAAAAUGAAGGAAUACCCUUUGGAUGCAAUUGUCACAAAUAUCCUCAUUAUCAUUAAGAACACGUUAGAUCUAUCGAACGAUUUUAACGCUGUUAAAAGCUAUAUCGGAAAAAUGAAAAUCAAGCAUGCAAGUGAUAUUGGCCUUACGAGGGUGUUUAGUAUAAUAAAGCACAUACUCAGAACAAUGAGUGAUUAUAAAAAGAUGCUUAGUAAUACCAGUAAUAUCAACUAUCGUGAAAAUGAUUACUUUCGAAUCUUAUGGUCUCCUUUGCUGGAGUUAUUGUUCCCUCCCUCAGAAAAUGUCCGUAUUGUCUCAGCUGAAUCUGAAUACCCACUCUCGAUCAAGGAGAAGAAGGUCCUCUAUCCCAAGACAAAGUAUAUUCAUGGCUUUAAAAUUGAUAUCAGAUUGGUCGUUGAUAUUAAUACAGAAGAACUGGAUCUUGCUAUUGGUGAAUGUGCCAAACGUAACAGUGACUCAAAGUCAAUUCAAGAUGAAGACAAACUAUUACGAGAGGCAAAGGAUACAUUAGACGGAAUUAUUCAAAAUACCCAUGGUUAUGAUUGCCGCUUAAUGACUUAUUUUAUUCAAAUUACUGGUACCCAUUGCUCUCUCUCAACUAUGGAGCUUGCUAAAAAUGGCCUUUAUGUCUCUAAGUACCGAUACAGCUUUAACUUUCCAUCCACUGUAUCCGAUCUCUCCAAGCUCCCCAUUACGUUAGGCCACUUACUACAAAUGAAAAAGGAGAUCAAUAUUGCUGCUGAUAAAAUUCUCCAAGCUCGUACAGCAUCAAUUGGUGGAGAAGAGUCGUUUAACCGUCCUUCAGUUUCCAAGAAGAAUAAAAAGCUUGCAUGGAUGAGAGAUACAUGGUACACUCCACCGAGAGACAAAACUUCAAGGAUUCCUGUCCAUAUGUUUACUCCGCCUCCACCUCCUUCAUUCAAAGAGCCCAGUGAUGAAUCCAGCGAUGAAGAAGCAGCUGCUGUUGGUUUACCUGACAAGUUUGGUUGGGUAAAGUAUGCUGAAAAUGAUUAUUUUAAUGUGUUUAGCAAAGAGAGUUCAACUGAGAACCCUUACGAGUGAUGAGUGUCUGUG